AGUGUGUGUGUGUUGGAGCAGUAAUCGGAUCAAAAGAAUACUGGGACAAGCUCGAUUAUACCCACAGGUGUUUGACUACAAAUAGCAGAGGUCACAGGAAACUUCUAAAGAUGGACCGUGAUCUUGACCAUAAAGCCUGGAUGUCGCUCCGCCUGUCUCGUGUACUGGACGAUAUUGGCGCCAACCGCCAGGUGGUAAAAAAAAGGCGGGAAACCUUCCUGUUGCGAGAGGCUGUAGACACCAUAAGAAUAAAAUUACUUGGUUCAAACGUUACGUGUUUCCAUUUCGGCAGCCAGUCAGAGGGAUCUACAACGUUAGGGAUGAAUUCUGAUAUUGAUCUGCUUUUAUGCGAUAAUGACACCAACAUCAUGUCUAACUGGUUAGACUGGGAGGCCGGGAUGCAGAACUUUCUAAUGGUGAAGGAGGAAUCAACUCCGCCACAACACUACUGGCUACAGUGGAUCAGACCAGACUCUCCAGAACCUGUCAGAUAUAACGGACAGAAAAAUUGCUUACCACAUAUAGAUGGACGAGUGUUUGUAAGUAAUAAAAUAUGGCAAGAUGAAGGUAAACGGGUAUAUGGAAAUGAAUUCAUAUGUAGUGGUCCUUCAGUAAGUUUCUCUGAAGAAUGGGACUUUGUUAAUGCUUUCAAAUGUGAAGUUAUGCCUCCGGAAGUUGACCGAUGGUUUCACCGUCCCAGGCAUGGACAUUGGCCUACACCGGAAGUGAUGCAGGCUGCACGGGAAUGCUCUUGUUUUCUUGUGCCUGAUGGACAUUUUGAGAGUCUGAAUGAAAAUAUUGAAUGGCGAUUAUCACCAAGCCAAAUAGAAAGGAUUCUUGUUUUUAGUUUUACAACAGUGCAGUUAAAAUGCUAUGUUGUCUUGAAAAUGAUAAAAAAAUAUAUAAUGGAACAAUAUUUAAGUCAUCAUAGUAAACUAACUUCGUUUCAUUGCAAGACCGUUAUGUUCUUUACAAUCGAGAGAAUAUCCCGAGAGGAGUGGAGAGAAGAUCGGCUCAUAGGGUGCAUAGGAUAUUGUUUGCAAACACUGGAUUUUUUCUUGAUGAAAGGUUAUUGUCCACACUAUAUUAUUCCUGAAGUGAACCUAUUCGAAGGAAAAAUCACACGCCGAUACCAACUGUUAUUAUUGGGGAAGAUAAAAGAGAAUUUAAAUAAUAAUCUAAUGAUACUGUACGAUUUACAGUACGAUAGCUUAGGACAAAGGUUUCGCAAUCCUACCACCGACAUGUUUGAAACACGAUCAACAAUUUGUAGGAAGAUUGAUAAUGUUUUAGCAGGCGACUUAAUAAAACAGGUUAAUAUAAGGUUUUUAGAUGUGGCGGUGGAUAAUGAGUUAAAUCCUGAAAAGUAUCUGCGAUUAUUUACUGUUUUAUCUAUUAUACCUGAGGAUGAUUACAUAAUACAUAUAUUAACUCGUUAUGAGCGACGGGUAAUUUCAGUGUUAAAGCCACUCAUUUACUCCUUCUUAGCAUCAGUUACUUCGUCAUUUUACAUACAACAUGAACUUCAAUUCACACCAGAAAUAUUUUAUUUCUACGAACGUUCUGUUGACACUGACGUGACGUCGAGCAGAUUGAAACUAGCCUCUAUGUUAUACUGCCGGGGGGAUCUGCUAAGGGCGGCAGACGUGCUGCAUGACGUUGAACGUAGAUUUGACGGAAACGUGCAUGCUGUGUGUGGGUGUGGGAAAGUGUGGGGAGAUGUUGAGAGGCCAACGUUAAUACAUGAUAGCACUACACACGAUUGGAGCUACGGUGAUGCUAUACGUAAAGUUGCUCUAUGCGUAAGAUUUACCCGUUUGGAAGCAUUCUGUGUUCCUCCUUUUUUAUUAUUUGAAAUGAACAGGGCAAUGAAUGACGAUGUUCAACACAGAAAAGGUAAUCAACUUAUAUGGAUGGACAAGGCCGUUGUAGACUCUAAGUCAUACCUUUUCUAUCUGCAGUAUCUUACCUAUGGUGGCAUGGGAAUCCGCCUGAGACAGUUAAAUGCAUUACGAAACUUAGAGAAAUGUAGAAGCUUGGAAGAAUUAAGAAACCUGUACCACUAUGAGACUUAUUUCAACCUGGUGGGCCACUGCUGGGAGAUGGAGGGAGACCCGGCAAAGGCGCUAAGAUUUUACACAUUUUCAAUUUUUGUCCAUCCGAGAAACAACGCAGCCAACUGGCAUUUCAGAAGACUGACAGGCAAUGUUUAGGAAGUGUGAUGAAUUGAUAUUGGCACAAUUAUGCAAGUUAUUUCAUGUUUUUGACUAGUUAACUAUACCGUUUUGCAUAUUGGUGCAUGUUCUAUGUUUUUUAAUUGUCAGUUUAAUAAAUAUAUGUGCGAUAAAUGAAUAUAAAGAGAACGGCUAGUUGUUGUAAUUAUAACACUGGAAACAAAUAACUAUGCAGUCAAUGUUUAGAAAUUGUGAUGGUUUGAUUUUGGCAUACGUAUGCAAGUUAUUUCAAGUGGUCGACCAGUUAACUAUACCUAACUGUGCUAAUUGAUGCAUGUUCAUACUUUCCGGAACAUUAUCAUAUAAAAUCUAUCUUAUAGCGUCGUAUAUUAUUCAAUGUAAUGAUGGCCAAUUUGACGGUCGCAUAUUGCUAUGUGUACUGAUGUUUGGUUAACUUGUUUAUGUAUUGACAAUAUCGCACGAAACUUGUAGUAUUUUAAAUACAAAUCCGGUCUACAUAUUACUUAAUGACUUAUAUGUUCACCAUUCCUCGAAUGACAUGUGAAGGUGUUCCAUUUCAUGUGUAAAUUAAAGAUAGAAAUACUCUCCAGAAAGACAAACAUAUUGAACAGAUGAUAAGUAUUAAAUAUGGCAACGCCUGAUUCAAAAUCAAACAUUUUAGCAGAGCUGAUAUUAGUACUUUUGAGUUUAUAUUUACAAUGUUCGACUCACAGAUGGGCAGGGUC